GUUUGGUAUCCGUUCAGUCAUAGUAAAGUAGGAAAACCGAUCGCCAGUGUCGGUGAGUACGUGGAGUUCGCGGCGCCGGUAGACGAAGUGAAUACGUUUCUGAGGGGCGGGAAUGUAGUGCCGAGACUACCCGUCCGACAGACCACUACCGCUAUGAGGACAGAGAAGUUCACUCUAAUGGUUGUGCCCGAUGUCAAGGGAGAGGCCAGGGGUCAGCUGUAUUGGGACGACGGGGACUCUAUUGGUACGAUUGAGAGCGGCAAUUAUACCUUGGUCACGUUUGAUAUUAAGAAUGCAACCCUGGUCACUAGUCCACAACAUAAUGAAUAUGUAGGCGGUGUGACCACAGAUACCAUACAUGUAUUGGGUGUCAACACAAAGCCCACAACCGUUACAAUUGAUGGACAAAUGGCUACAAAUGUUACGUAUAGUGCGGACCCGCAGUGGCUAUCAGCGACUGUCAAUGAACCAAAUGAUGACAUCUUUGAUAUUAGUGCCAAACCACAGGCCAAACAGCCCUCC